AAAAAAAAGCUUCUUGAAGAACUUGGAGAGAAUAGACUUCCAUAUGUGACACCAGCCGAUGCCGAUUUCCAUCAGUUGUGGAAGACCAAAUAUUCCAAGUUGAUUUUCAGAAAAUCUGAUACGGUACCUGAAGAGCUCCAUCAGCAGGUACAAGAAAGCUUUCUGACCUUGCAAAAACACAGUUGUUUUUUUCAAGAUCUUGUAAGGAUCAAAGGAAAAGAUUUUCUUACCCCGGUGUCUCGUAUAUUAAUUGGAAACCCAGGAUGCACUUACAAGUACUUGAACACAAGAUUAUUUACAGUUCCUUGGCCUACAGAAGGUUAUGAUAUAAAAUAUUGCAGUCCUCAAAUCCAUGAUGCUUGUAAAGCAUUAAUCAGACUUAAUGACUACUUGCAUAUUGAAGCAGUCAAGGCAUUACAAGGACAACAUUUAUUUGAGACCAAAGAAAUUAAAGACACUACUGUAAUAGAUAGGGAGCAAAAUUUUGCUACUUCUCUUACAGAGAAAGGGUCCAUUUCAAAAGAUCAAAGCAGUUGUGUAUCAGAGGAUGACUAUGUAAGUCUAAAGAACAGAACAUCUUACAACUUGACUUUAUUAAAUUAUAUGGAUCCACUGCAAAUGCUGUACUUGAAACAAGAACCUUAUUUUGGAAUGGGAAACAUGGCAGUGAGCUGGCACCAUGACGAGAAUCUGGUUGAAAGGUCAACGGUUGCUGUGUACAGUUACAGCUGUGAAGGUUCAGCUGUGGAAGAAAGUAAUGAACAAAAACUGAAGGGAAGAGACCCAGCUGUUUGGCACGUAGGCUUGAAGGUAGCAUGGGACAUCGAGACACCUGGAUUAGCAAUACCGCUUCACCAAGGAGACUUCUACUUGAUGCUUGAUGAUCUCAAUAUGACACAUCAGCAUUGUGUUCUGGCUGGUUUUUCACCUCGAUUCAGCUCAACUCACAGAGUGGCAGAGUGUUCAAGAGGAACAUUGGAAUAUAUAUUCAGACAAUGUGAACUGGCACUCCAGAAUUUACAGACUGAUUCUGAUUCAAUGGCUUUAUCUUUGAAAUCACUGGAAACUGCAGUUGUAAAGCAAGUAGAAGAAAUACAUAAUGAGGUUGAAUUUGAGUGGCUUAGGCAGUUUUGGUUUCAAGGCAAGCGUUAUUUGAAGUGCACUGAUUGGUGGCUUAAGCCUAUGGCUAAAUUGGAAGAAUUUUGGAAAAAAAUGGAGAUUAUGACAAGCCUGGUCCUCUCUGAAGUUGGAAAAGAGGAACAAAUUGAGGAACAAAGGAAUGAAACCAUCAGCUGCUUCUUGCUAGUUCUUACCGAGCGACAAAAGCUGCGUAAAGAAUGGACAGCAAGAUGCCAGUCAGAAGCAGCAGAGAGCUUGCCAGAAGACCAGAAACCAGAAUGCCAUCCCUUCUGGACAGAUGAUGAAUGUAAUAUGCCUCUGCCAUAUGAUCUUGAAGAAAUAAUUGCUAAUCUACAAAAUCUUGUUCAGUGGGUAGAAUAA